AUGCGAAAAGUGCGCAGUAUUUUUGAUCCCGAUCGACUACUCUAUGUGGACAAGAUGUUGGCCAAUCCAAUAGUUCAGGCCAUCAUUCCUUUUCGGGAAUUCAACACCGCUAUUGAAGAUCAGUGGAAUGCAUGGCACAUACAAAGAAUUGAAAUAGUAAUUGAAGACAAAAGCGGCCCCAGUCCAAAAAUUUUGUUGACGGAGCAUCCAGGAGUGGUGAGAGAAUUACUAGCCACAUCAAUGACCAGUAUCCUCGCUCGCCUUCUCGUUGAAAUAAGACAUGAAGAAGUCAAAGGUCUCCCUCUCCCAACUCGCGAAGAUCUUAUCCUGCAGACCCUGAACUGUCUCAUACCGUUCACCCACAUCUUUAAUGAAUGGGAUGAAACUCAGGCCAGAUUUUUCUACUCAAAUAUUUUGCUUGCCGAAUUCUCUGACCUUGCGGACGAAUUUCUGCGCAAUCAUACGACAUUCGUUUCGACACCAACCUUUGCCGCGGCGCUUUUAACCGUAAGCGAAGCCCUAGUAUUACCCAAAUCUGUAAUCUUUCGGUUAUCUCCUCUAGCUCGUUAA